AUGGCAGGAGGAACAAGUAUCUGGGUCAGUAACGAAGCCAAGACUGACCCCAAAGCCAUCUUCAAUCUUCGUCUUCUCUAUCUUCUUAUCGCUGUUUCAUGGGGUGGUGCAUUUUAUGGAUUUGACACGGGAAACAUUGGUGGAAUCCUCACCCUUCCGUCCUUUGAAAAUGCAUUUGGAUUGAGUAAUCUUACUGCGACCGAGAUGGACAACCGAAAGGGAACCAUUGCAUCUAUGCUCGCAGCAGGUGGCUCUGUAGGCGCCCUACUCGCAGCACCAACUUCCGAUUAUAUUGGCAGAAAAUGGUCCGUCUUCGGCUGGGGAUUAGUCUUUGUGGUAGGUGCCGCAAUGCAAAUGGUGGCAGACUAUAAAGUUCUCCUAGGAGGUCGAUUCAUCGCUGGCAUGGGUGUCGGCGCUUCAUCAAUGCUCACACCUCAGUUCUUGGCAGAGAAUUCCCCAAAAUCAGUGCGUGGGUCCAUGACUGCCACCUAUAACCUGAUGAUUGUGUUCUGCCUCAUGUUGGCUUUCUUCAUCAACUAUGGCGUCUCAAAGUGGUCUUUCCCUGGCGUGGAGUACGACAAUACCCAAUGGCGGACGGCAAUGGGUAUCCAGCUCAUCCCCGGUGCACUGAUGUGCAUGAUGGUUCCAUUUGUGCCGGAAACCCCGCGUUGGUUGAUCAACCACGGCAAACAGGAGAAGGGAUUGGCAAAUAUCUGCAAGUUGAGGAAGCUGCCUGCUGACCACGAGUAUGUGCAAACUGAAUACCGUGAGAUUGAAGCCCAGGUGAGGCAUGAGCAGGAAUGUUUUGCUGGACACAACUACUGGGUUGUUCUGAAAGAUAUUUUUACUUCGAGGAACAACUUUCAGCGUUUCUUCCUUGCUGCGAUGCUAUUUCUGUUCCACAAGUUCACGGGAACGGAUUCUCUGAACUACUAUGCACCAGAAAUCUUCGCCAUGAUCGGUGUCAGUGGAAACUCAACUACCUUAUUGGAUACUGGCAUAUACGGCGUUGUGAAAACAGUCACCUCCCUUUUCUACGUGGUAUAUCUGGUCGACCGUGUCGGACGUCGGGUCCCUCUACUUGUCGGUGCAACAAUGCAAGCUACUGCCAUGUUAUAUCUGGCACUUUACCUUCGCUUCGCUGGAGUAACCGAGGACUCCUCUGCUGAAGGAACACCAGCGGGAGGAAUCGUGGGACUUGUUUUCAUCUACAUCUAUGCUUUUGGAUGGUCAUUUGGUCACUCUGUAGCCUGCUACGUGGUCGCUGCCGAGAUUUUCCCAACGAGAAUUCGGUCAUUCUGCAUGUCCAUCUGCUUCUUUAUCAACUGGAUUGUGGACUUUGGCAUUACCCGAGCCACCCCCAACAUGAUCACCGAGAUGGGAUGGGGCGUAUUCUUGCUUUAUGCGAUGCUGACCUAUCUGGGUGUCGUUUUUAUCUUUUUCUGUUUGCCAGAGAUGAAGGGUCGGUCUAUCGAAAGUAUGGAUAAUCUGUUUGACCGACCAUUGUGGAUGAUGUGGCGCCACGCCUACCCCACCGAGGAAGAGAAGGUCCGGUCAGAUGUCCGAGAUGAAGCUGUGAUGGGUAAGCUACAAGAUGAUGAUGAUGCUAAGAGAAAUCAUGUGGAACAUGUUGAGACUGCUUGA